AUGGCAAUAAAGAGUAUUUGCUACCUGGGGGAGGACGACGAUAUUUUAUUUUUCCACUCAACGGAGAAGAGCGAUGAGCUAAGUUCCCGCUUCUCCGUUUUUUCAGCCUUGGAUAAUCUGAAGAAACUGACGGAGUCGAGUGAGAAGAAGACGGAGCCUUACGUCGGAUACAUAGGAAUCAACCUCUCCCUCUUUAGCGCAUACAAAAACUACGCAUACGUCGUUAAGGCAAUUAACCUGAAAAUAAUACUUACUAUUGAUGACGGGAAGAAUAAAUACACAGAUGAUAUUCUUAAAUCGAUUUUUAUAAAGCUACACAGAAUCUACGUGGACGCAGUUUGCAACCCCUUCUACACAGACCUCCUGGAGAGCAACUCCUUUGAAAAACAAAUUAAGAAAUUGAUAGAGACAUCCUAA